CCUAAGCCGAAGUCGGAAGCCCAACCGACUGAGCCACCCAGGCCCCCUGAUGUCACCUUUUUUUAAAAUACUUGGUGAUGAAGCAGAAUGCCCUUCCUCAUCUUUGGGGCAAGAGCUGCUCCCACAGGGGUGGCUGAAGUGAGAGUGAAUGAGGCUGACACAUGACAAACAAGAAAGGGACAAUUUUUACAAAAUGAAAUCACUCUUUCAAACUCAAAACCCACUAUUUUGUCAUUAUAUAUUAUUGCUAAGCAUAGAAGAGAUUUUUAUGAGGCUCAUUCCAAAGGGAUUACUCAGUGUCUAGUCCAGAUUGAUAAAUUGCAGGUGAGUAUAAGGCCCGGUGAUUGAUUGAGGCCUGACGAUUAUGUAGCAAGUAGUGGUAAGCCGAGCCCACUGGGACAUAGUAUGCACACACUCACUGAAACACUCUAUUAAGGUGCCUCCUUAAGGCUUCUAACACUGGUCAUUUCUCCCAAACUCUCUUUAUUAAAAUGGACAGCAGAAAGAAAUGCUUGGUUCUAGGAUUUCUUGCUUUUUUAUGGGCUGAAUUAGGCAUUGAAGGCAAAGAAGAGAAAGAAGAACACACCUAUCGUUUGCUGGGCAAGUUUGAUCUGAAUGGGUAUGUAGAUGCCAAAAACCAUUCACCUGUCAUUAGAGGACUGUUUCCUAUUCACUACAGGGCCAUCCUAUCAAAUGAGUCUGUUUUGGAGCCAGUAUCAGCAAAAUGUGAAGGGUUUAACUUUUGGGGGUUCCGCUGGAUGAAAACCAUGAUCCACACAAUCAAGGAGAUUAACAAGAAGAAAGAUAUUUUGCCCAACAUCACUUUGGGCUAUCAGAUUUUUGAUACCUGUCUCACCACCUCCAAAUCUGUAGAAGAAGUGUUGGGAUUCCUUACAGGGCGGGAAGAAAACAAGCCCAAUUUUAGAAACAGUACCGGAGCAUUUCUGGCAGGAAUUGUUGGAGUAUGCGGAUCGUCCUUAUCAUCUGCUGUGUCAAGAAUUCUAGGGUUGUAUUAUUUACCACAGGUGAGUUACACCUCUACCUGCUUGAUUCAUGACAAACACCAGUUUCCGUCUUACCUUCACACGGUAGGCAGUGAUAAGAUCCAGUCAGAAGCCAUGGUAUGACUUAUCCACCACUUUGAUUGGAUCUGGAUAGGCACAAUAGCAACUGAUGAUGAUUAUGGAAAAUAUGGAGUGAAAAAUUUUAAGGAAAGAAUGGAGAAUGCCAACCUCUGUAUUGCAUUCUCUGAAAUUAUUCCCAAAGCCUCUUCCAAUGAGAAAAUGCAGAAAACUGUUGAUGCGGUGAGUUCCACUGCCAGAGUUGUGCUUUAAGCAUCUGAUACUGACCUCAGUCCUUUUGUGCUGGAAAUGGUUCACCAUAACAUAACUGACAGAACAUGGAUAGCCAGUGAAGCCUGGAUUACCUCUGCCCUCAUUGCAAAGCCUGAAUAUUUCCCAUAUUUUGGUGGAAGUAUUGGAUUUGCAAUUCCAAGAGCUGAUAUACCAGGACUCAAAGAAUUUCUUUAUGAUGUACAUCCUGGCAAGGAUCCAAAUGAUGUCCUGACUGUUGAAUUCUGGCAAAUGGCUUUUAACUGUACUUAGCUGGAUAGCAGUGUUCCUUACAACAUUGACCAUAGAGUGAAUUUGACUGGUAAGGAGGACAGAUUUCAUGCCAUGUCUGAUGAAUUCUGUAUUGGAGAGGAGAAGUUGGAAGAUCUUAAAAAUACCUAUCUGGAUGUGUCUCAGCUAAGAAUCACAAACAAUGUCAAACAAGCUGUAUAUUCUCUGACUUAUGCCUUGGAUGGUCUAAGUAGAUGUGAAGAAGGACAUGGGCCAUAUAUGCCAGGAAACACCUGUGCAUAUAUACCUGACUUUGAGCCUGGUAAGUUAUUGUUAAUGUACUAUUUGAAGGGACUUAAGUUUACCACCCAUAAUGGAGAGAGAAUAGAAAUUGAUGAAAAUGGAGAUGACUAUGACAUUCUAAACUGGCGAUUAGGUGAUAAUGGAGAGGUUGCUUUUGUGAAGGUUGGAGAAUAUAUAUUCACAAACUCUAAGUUUGAGCUCGUGAUGAAAAAGAACAAUGCAACCAUAUUUUGGAACAAUGAAUCAUCAAAGCUUUUCCAUUUGGUGUGUACUGAUCUAUGUCGUCCUGGGACCCGGAAGGGGAUUCAUCAAGGGGAACCAAUAUGCUGUUUUGACCUCAUCGCAUGUGCUGAUGGACACGUGUCAUGGGAACCAGGUCAAAGGGAGUGUGAACAAUGUGGUGAAGACUAUUGGUCAAAUGCACAAAAGAGCGAGUGCAUACUGAGAGAGGUGGAAUUCCUUGCUUACAAUGAGGCCCUGGGAUUCCUGCUUGUCAUUCUCUCCAUCUUUGGGGUGCUUGUGGUCGUGGCAGUCACAAUUGUGUAUGUGUUAUGCAGGCAUACUCCACUUGUGAAUGCCAAUGACAGGGAUCUGGGCUUUCUUAUUCAGGUUUCUCUUGUCAUCAUACGGCUGUCUUCCAGGCUUUUCAUUGGCAAGCCAUACAACUGGUCCUGUAUGACCCCCCAUGUCACUUUGGCAGUGGGUUUUUCUCUUUGCCUGUCUUGUAUUCUUGGAAAGACUAUUUCACUGUGUUUAGCCUACAGAAGUUCUAAAUCCAGAGCCCGACUCCUAUCCAUCCACUCCCUUUAUCGAAAAAUCAUUGUGCUAAUCUCUGUUCUAGUUGAGAUUGGCAUAUGCACAACCUACUUAGAAUUGGAGCCUCCAAGAGUGUGCAAGAACAUGGAAUCUCGAAACAUAAAGAUCAUUUUGGAAUGUGUUGAAGGUUCUAUAGAAUUUUUAUGCUCUAUGUUUGGGAUUGAUGUCUAUCUGGCCUUGCUAUGUUUUCUUACAACCUUGGUUGCUUUCCAGUUGCCAGAUAAUUACUAUGAAGGAAAAUGCCUCACCUUUGUGAUGCUGGUCUUUUUCAUCAUCUGGAUCUUUUUUGUCCCUGCUUACUUGAGCACCAAAGGCAAGUUCAAAGUAGCUGUGGAAAUGUUUGCAAUCUUGGCAUCCAGCUAUGGUUUGUUGGGUUGUAUAUUUGCUCCCGAGUGUUUCAUUAUUCUGCUGAGGCCAGUGAGGAAUACUGAUGAAAUUGUCGGUGGAAGAGUUCCCACUAUAAAUAAAAGCAUCCAACUGACUUUAGCUUCUGUGAGCAGUAGAAGUAGAACACAGUGUCAAGUGUUCUGGAUGACUAGGGUUGUGAGUUACAUGUGUCUUUCAAAGCUGCAAUGGUGACAUGGUUCAAUGUUCCCUCUCACGUUGCUCCUGCAGCAGCUGCCUGAUGCUCUGGGGAAAUAUUGAGGACUUGGGCUCUGGUAGUAUGGUCCUAGCAUGAGAUAUGAAAUCUCAUACUGUAAGAUACCAUUCAGCAUGAAUUAGAAUACCUGUUACUCCUGAAACUGUAAACCACUACAUUCAAACAUCUCAAUACUUGCGUAUAAGGAGUGUAUAGCAAAGGGUACAAGUAUUCUAAAAUAAUGGGUAAAAAAUUGGCUCAUGAAUAUAUUCUUUUUUAUAUCAUGGGUGUCUGAUCUAGAAAUUUACAUUAAACAAAGUCACCUUGUGGGGACCAACAAAGACAUCUUGUUAAUGCAUCUAUUGAUAGCUUUUCUCUAACUGAGGUCAGAACUAUAGCUCAUAAACUCUCCCUUGGAGCAGGGCAUUUGGUAAGAGAAUUUAUGUUUCAAAGGACUCUGCAGCAUACAGAUGAUAUUGGAGGAACUGAGAUGUGAACAAAGCUCAGGUCCUUCUUGAAUUCAUAAUGGGAAUAGACAAGUUUCUUCCAGAGGGAAAGCAAGGCCUACUUCCUCCAGAUUUUCCUAGAUAAUAGUAGUAAAAUAUUUGAGUUCCUAUAGAAUGCAAGAUUUUUUAGAAUAAAUUAAAUGAUAGAUAUUUACUCUCUGGUCAUCCAGAGUUAACUAAAAUGCUAUAAAAAUAUUUUGAAUCUUCUUCCAGUUAUGAAACUUAAAAGUGAUCUACAUAUAUUUAUGUGCAUAUGAAUUAAAUGUGUGGAAAAACAGAAUUUGUAGAAAUGCUGAUAAACCAAAUAGCUGUGUGCAUACUUGACUCUAGGAAACCAGUAG